AAAGAUACCACCGAUCAGAAAGGAGAAUGUAGAUCUCAACAUCCAGGUGCCUAAUAAAAUCAUGGUGGGGCUGUAAAGGCAUCCAAGGCGAGCCUUUUUGAAUGCCGAGACGCUCUGACGAAGUGACUCAAAGCCAAUUUGUAAGGACUUCAUCCCGAUCAGGUGCCACUGAUGGUAACUUUUAAGUAGAUUGAUGGUGGCAUCGAUCUCCACGCCGGCCUGCAUUGCUAGCUACGAAAACGUGUCUCAGAAUAGAGACAUUUGACCAUCGGCCUUCGCCACGUUUAGCGAGUAGCGGCAUGUAUAGCUCCUCCGAACUCUGUGGCAAUGCGGAGCUGCUGCGGAAGAUCAUGCAGCACGCUACCGAUGGGCACAGUGGCAACGGGGUUGGAGAGACAGCCGACCUGACCAACAAGGAGCUCGCCCUGGGCUUCCCUGAUCACAGCGCAGAGGACAAGUCAGAGGAUGACGAGAUCGAGGCACUGCACGCCGGCUGCAGCCACUUUGGCCUGGACGAUGGGCUGGCCUUCGGGUACAUGCGUCAGUAUGACAGCGACCCCACAGCAGGCUACUUCUCAGAGCCAGGCAGCACCGAUGAUCUGGAGCGCCUGAGGACGCUGGGCUCCCAGGACUCGGCCUGGACAGUGCUGCUGCCAAGGCAGCGGCGGCGCAAGAGCGAGAAGCCGGCGCGCGCGCCCGAGGCUGUGGGGCCGGAGUGGUACGCGGAGCAGCGCCUCGCAAAGCGCAUGGCGGCCUCGCUGCUGCCGCUGGGGUCCUCCGUGCCGAUGCAGCUGCGCCGUCCGCGCUCCAAGAGCCGCGCCGAUUUCCCAGCCGCCGACCGCGCCGCCUCCGCCGGUGCCGCCCUCGCAGGGGCCGCCCUCGCGCUCGACUCCAAAGGCUCCUCCAGGGAGUGUGAAGACUGUGGCACAACUCAGACGCCACUGUGGCGCCAGUACGAGGACGGCACCUACUGCAACGCCUGCGGCCUGAGGCGCAAGCGAGCCGAUGGCGCCUACGUGCGCAGCAGCAAGGCAUCCAGUGCGAUGCAGUGA